AAUGAUGAAAUGAGAACGGGGAGGGGAAAGGCCGCGACGUGAGCGCGCGACCUCCGGCGCCAUUUUGUCGAGAAACAAGCGGAGUUAACCGAAGAGGGGGGUCGAGGAGAGCCGGAGUCGGGGACCCAGGAGUUUCCUGUGUCCAGCGUCGCCGGAGCCGCUUGAGGUGCCAUGUUUCAGAACAGAGUAAGACCCCUGGUAAAGAAGAACUGACGACACUGUACGACACCAAAUAUAGGCUAAUUACAAGGAAAGCAUUAACCUGCCUCUGAGGUGACUAAAGGGGAAUAAUGGUGAUUUUGCGCCGGGCUCGGCCGCCUGCUUCCGCCCCAACCAGCAAUGAAUCUUGACUCGCUCUCGCUGGCCUUGUCUCAAAUCAGCUACCUGGUGGACAAUUUAACCAAGAAAAACUACCGAGCCAGCCAGCAGGAAAUACAGCAUAUUGUGAAUCGGCACGGUCCUGAGGCAGACAGGCAUUUAUUACGCUGCCUAUUUUCUCAUGUGGAUUUCAGUGGCGAUGGUAAAAGCAGUGGCAAAGAUUUUCAUCAGACUCAAUUUCUGAUUCAGGAGUGUGCUUCGCUGAUUACAAAGCCAAAUUUUAUCUCUACGUUGUCCUAUGCCAUUGAUAAUCCAUUGCACUAUCAGAAGAGUUUAAAGCCUGCACCCCACUUAUUUGCCCAGCUAAGUAAAGUUCUCAAGUUAAGCAAAGUACAAGAGGUAAUUUUUGGCCUUGCCCUCUUGAAUUCUUCCAGCUCAGAUCUCAGAGGUUUUGCUGCCCAGUUUAUCAAACAGAAGCUCCCAGACCUUCUGCGUUCUUACAUUGACGCAGACGUCAGUGGAAAUCAAGAAGGUGGCUUCCAAGAUAUAGCAAUAGAGGUGCUACACCUCCUCCUCUCCCAUCUCCUCUUUGGGCAGAAGGGAGCCUUCGGAGUUGGACAGGAGCAGAUAGACGCUUUUCUUAAGACACUGCGCAGAGAUUUUCCCCAGGAACGCUGUCCCGUGGUGCUUGCACCACUUUUAUACCCUGAAAAACGGGACAUUCUAAUGGACAGGAUCCUGCCUGAUUCUGGAGGGGUAGCUAAAACCAUGAUGGAGAGCUCUUUGGCUGAUUUCAUGCAAGAAGUAGGCUAUGGCUUUUGUGCAAGUAUUGAAGAAUGUCGCAAUAUAAUCAUGCAGUUUGGUGUUCGGGAGGUUACAGCUGGCCAGGUAGCAAGGGUUUUGGGAAUGAUGGCUCGAACUCAUUCAGGAUUAACAGAUGGAAUUCCAUUGCAGAGUAUCUCUGCUCCUGGCAGUGGGAUCUGGAGUGAUGGAAAAGAUAAAAGUGAUGGGGCACAGGCACACACAUGGAAUGUUGAAGUCUUGAUUGAUGUUCUCAAAGAGCUGAACCCGGGUUUGAAUUUCAAGGAAGUAACUUAUGAACUGGAUCAUCCUGGAUUUCAAAUUCGUGACAGUAAAGGACUUCAUAAUGUGGUUUAUGGCAUUCAAAGGGGUUUGGGUAUGGAUGUUUUCCCAGUAGACCUCAUAUAUAGACCUUGGAAAAACGCAGAAGGCCAGCUCUCCUUUAUUCAGCAUUCCCUUAUAAAUCCAGAGAUCUUCUGUUUUGCUGACUAUCCCUGUCAUACUGUUGUCAUUGAUAUUCUGAAAGCACCACCGGAGGAUGACAAUCGAGAAAUUGCCACUUGGAAGAGCUUGGAUUUGGUUGAAUCUCUACUGAGGCUUGCAGAGGUGGGACAAUAUGAGCAAGUCAAACAGCUCUUUAGCUUCCCUAUCAAACACUGUCCAGACAUGCUGGUAAUGGCCUUACUACAAAUCAACAGCUCCUGGCACAGCUUGCGCCAUGAACUCAUCUCUACUCUGAUGCCAAUUUUCCUUGGAAACCAUCCUAACUCAGCUAUUAUUUUGCACUAUGCAUGGCAUGGGCAGGGACAGUCUCCCUCUAUCCGCCAACUUAUCAUGCAUGCAAUGGCAGAAUGGUACAUGCGAGGAGAGCAUUAUGACCAGGCCAAAUUGUCUCGAAUACUUGAUGUGGCCCAGGACUUGAAGGCCUUGUCAAUGCUGCUAAAUGGUACUCCAUUUGCCUUUGUUAUUGACCUUGCUGCACUUGCUUCACGUCGUGAAUACCUCAAACUUGACAAGUGGCUCACAGAUAAAAUUCGAGAGCAUGGAGAGCCUUUUAUCCAGGCAUGCAUGACUUUUUUAAAGAGGCGGUGUCCUUCUAUUUUGGGUGGACUUGCCCCAGAGAAAGAUCAGCCCAAAAGUGCUCAACUUCCUCCGGAAACUCUGGCAACAAUGUUGGCCUGUUUACAAGCUUGUGCAGGCUUCUCGGGCCAAAUUGACCCUCUUGCUGGAAUGGCAUCUCUUAGUAUAGGUGGUUCAGCUGCCCCUCACACCCAGAGUAUGCAGGGUUUUCCUCCAAAUUUGGGUUCUGCAUUCAGUACCCCUCAGUCACCAGCGAAAGCAUUUCCACCCCUUUCUACUCCAAAUCAAACAACUGCAUUCAGUGGUAUCGGAGGACUUUCAUCACAGCUUCCAGUAGGUGGUCUUGGCACAGGCAGCCUGACUGGUAUAGGAACUGGGGCGCUUGGACUCCCUGCAGUGAAUAACGACCCUUUUGUACAGAGGAAACUGGGCACCUCUGGACUGAACCAGCCUACAUUCCAGCAGAGUAAGAUGAAACCUUCGGACUUGUCUCAGGUGUGGCCAGAGGCAAAUCAGCACUUUAGUAAAGAGAUAGAUGAUGAAGCAAACAGCUAUUUCCAGAGAAUAUAUAAUCACCCACCACAUCCAACCAUGUCUGUUGAUGAGGUAUUAGAAAUGCUACAGAGGUUUAAAGACUCUACCAUAAAGAGGGAACGAGAAGUAUUUAAUUGUAUGCUAAGGAACUUGUUUGAAGAAUAUCGUUUUUUCCCCCAGUACCCUGAUAAAGAGUUACAUAUAACAGCCUGCCUGUUUGGUGGGAUAAUUGAAAAAGGACUGGUCACUUAUAUGGCACUAGGCCUGGCCCUGCGAUAUGUUCUUGAAGCCUUACGCAAGCCUUUUGGAUCCAAAAUGUAUUAUUUUGGGAUUGCUGCACUAGAUAGAUUUAAAAAUAGAUUGAAGGACUAUCCCCAGUAUUGUCAGCACUUGGCUUCUAUCAGUCACUUUAUGCAAUUUCCACAUCAUUUACAGGAGUAUAUCGAGUAUGGACAGCAAUCGAGAGAUCCUCCUGUGAAAAUGCAGGGCUCUAUCACAACGCCUGGAAGUAUUGCACUGGCUCAGGCCCAGGCUCAGGCCCAGGUUCCCACAAAAGCACCUCUUGCUGGGCAGGUUAGCACUAUGGUAACCACCUCAACAACCACUACUGUUGCAAAAACGGUUACAGUCACCAGGCCUACUGGAGUCAGCUUUAAGAAAGAUGUGCCACCUUCUAUUAAUACUACAAAUAUAGAUACAUUGCUUGUGGCCACAGAUCAAACUGAAAGAAUUGUAGAGCCCCCCGAAAAUGUCCAAGAGAAAAUUGCUUUUAUCUUCAACAAUCUCUCACAGUCGAAUAUGACACAAAAGGUUGAAGAACUAAAGGAAACAGUGAAGGAAGAAUUCAUGCCUUGGGUUUCACAAUACCUGGUUAUGAAGAGAGUCAGUAUUGAGCCAAACUUUCACAGCCUGUAUUCAAACUUCCUUGACACACUGAAGAAUCCUGAAUUUAAUAAGAUGGUUCUAACUGAGACCUACAGAAACAUCAAAGUGCUCUUGACCUCUGAUAAAGCUGCAGCCAAUUUUUCAGAUCGCUCUUUGCUGAAGAACUUGGGACACUGGCUAGGAAUGAUCACACUAGCUAAAAAUAAACCCAUCUUACAUACUGACUUGGAUGUCAAGUCUUUGCUGCUAGAGGCUUAUGUUAAAGGACAGCAAGAAUUGCUCUAUGUGGUGCCCUUCGUUGCCAAAGUUUUAGAGUCGAGCAUUCGUAGCGUGGUUUUUAGGCCACCCAACCCCUGGACAAUGGCAAUUAUGAAUGUAUUAGCUGAGCUACAUCAGGAACACGACUUAAAGUUAAACUUGAAGUUUGAGAUUGAGGUCCUCUGCAAGAACCUUGCAUUAGACAUCAACGAGCUAAAACCUGGAAACCUCCUAAAGGACAAAGAUCGCCUAAAGAACUUAGAUGAGCAGCUCUCUGCUCCAAAGAAAGAUGUCAAGCAGCCAGAAGAACUUCCUCCCAUCACAACCACAACAACUUCUACAACACCAGCUACUAGUACCACCUGCACAGCCACUGUUCCACCACAGCCACAGUACAGCUAUCAUGACAUCAAUGUCUAUUCCCUUGCGGGCCUGGCACCACAUAUUACUCUAAACCCAACAAUUCCCUUGUUUCAGGCCCAUCCACAGUUGAAGCAGUGUGUGCGCCAAGCAAUUGAACGGGCUGUUCAGGAGUUGGUCCAUCCUGUGGUGGAUCGAUCAAUUAAGAUUGCCAUGACUACUUGUGAACAAAUAGUCAGGAAGGAUUUUGCCCUGGAUUCUGAGGAAUCUCGAAUGCGAAUAGCAGCUCAUCACAUGAUGCGUAACUUGACAGCUGGAAUGGCUAUGAUUACCUGCAGGGAACCUUUGCUCAUGAGCAUAUCCACCAACCUGAAAAACAGUUUUGCCUCAGCCCUUCGUACUGCAUCCCCACAACAAAGGGAAAUGAUGGAUCAGGCAGCUGCUCAGUUAGCUCAGGACAAUUGUGAAUUAGCUUGCUGUUUUAUUCAGAAGACUGCAGUGGAAAAAGCAGGCCCUGAGAUGGACAAGAGAUUAGCAACUGAAUUUGAGCUGAGAAAACAUGCUAGGCAAGAAGGGCGCAGGUACUGUGAUCCUGUUGUGUUAACAUACCAAGCUGAGCGGAUGCCAGAACAAAUAAGACUGAAAGUUGGUGGUGUGGACCCAAAGCAGUUGGCUGUUUAUGAAGAAUUUGCACGCAAUGUGCCUGGUUUCUUGCCUACGAAUGAUUUAAGUCAGCCCACAGGAUUUUUAGCUCAACCCAUGAAGCAAGCUUGGGCAACGGAUGAUGUAGCUCAAAUUUAUGACAAGUGCAUUACAGAACUAGAGCAGCACCUACAUGCCAUCCCACCAGCUUUGGCCAUGAACCCUCAAGCUCAAGCUCUUAGAAGUCUUUUGGAGGUUGUAGUAUUAUCUCGAAACUCUCGGGAUGCCAUAGCUGCUCUUGGAUUGCUCCAGAAGGCUGUAGAGGGCUUACUAGAUGCCACAAGUGGUGCUGAUGCUGACUUGCUGCUGCGCUACAGGGAAUGCCACCUCUUGGUCUUGAAGGCUCUUCAAGAUGGCCGGGCGUAUGGGUCGCCGUGGUGUAACAAACAGAUCACAAGGUGCCUAAUUGAAUGUCGGGAUGAGUAUAAAUAUAAUGUGGAGGCAGUGGAGCUGCUAAUUCGCAAUCAUUUGGUUAAUAUGCAGCAGUAUGAUCUUCACCUAGCUCAGUCAAUGGAGAAUGGUUUAAACUACAUGGCUGUUGCAUUUGCUAUGCAGUUGGUAAAAAUCCUGCUGGUGGAUGAAAGGAGUGUUGCCCAUAUUACUGAGGCUGAUCUGUUCCACACCAUUGAAACCCUCAUGAGAAUUAAUGCUCACUCCAGAGGCAAUGCUCCAGAAGGAUUGCCCCAGCUGAUGGAAGUAGUGCGAUCCAACUAUGAAGCAAUGAUUGAUCGUGCUCAUGGAGGCCCUAACUUUAUGAUGCAUUCUGGGAUCUCUCAAGCCUCAGAGUACGAUGAUCCUCCAGGCCUGAGGGAGAAGGCAGAGUAUCUUCUGAGGGAAUGGGUGAAUCUCUACCAUUCAGCAGCAGCUGGCCGUGACAGUACCAAAGCUUUCUCUGCGUUUGUUGGACAGAUGCAUCAGCAAGGAAUCCUGAAGACUGAUGACCUCAUAACAAGGUUCUUCCGUCUCUGCACUGAAAUGUGUGUUGAAAUCAGUUACCGUGCCCAGGCAGAGCAGCAGCACAACCCUGCUGCUAACCCCACUAUGAUCCGAGCCAAGUGCUAUCACAACCUGGAUGCCUUUGUCCGACUCAUUGCCCUGUUAGUGAAGCACUCAGGGGAGGCCACCAACACUGUCACAAAGAUUAAUCUGCUGAACAAGGUCCUUGGUAUAGUAGUGGGAGUUCUCCUACAGGAUCAUGAUGUCCGGCAAAGUGAAUUUCAGCAGCUUCCCUACCAUCGCAUUUUUAUCAUGCUGCUCUUGGAACUCAAUGCACCUGAACAUGUAUUGGAAACCAUUAAUUUCCAGACACUUACAGCUUUCUGCAAUACAUUCCACAUCUUGAGGCCUACCAAAGCUCCCGGCUUUGUGUAUGCGUGGCUUGAAUUGAUCUCCCAUCGGAUAUUUAUUGCAAGAAUGCUGGCACAUACGCCACAGCAGAAGGGAUGGCCUAUGUAUGCACAGCUACUGAUUGAUUUAUUCAAAUAUUUAGCACCUUUCCUUAGAAAUGUGGAACUCACCAAACCUAUGCAAAUCCUCUACAAGGGCACUUUAAGAGUGCUGCUGGUUCUUCUGCAUGAUUUCCCGGAGUUCCUUUGUGAUUACCAUUAUGGAUUCUGUGAUGUGAUCCCACCCAAUUGUAUUCAGCUAAGAAACCUGAUCCUGAGUGCCUUCCCAAGAAACAUGAGGCUCCCAGACCCAUUCACUCCUAAUCUGAAGGUGGAUAUGUUGAGUGAAAUUAACAUCGCGCCCCGGAUUCUCACCAAUUUUACUGGAGUGAUGCCACCUCAGUUCAAAAAGGAUUUGGAUUCCUAUCUUAAAACUCGGUCACCAGUCACUUUUCUGUCUGAUCUGCGCAGCAACCUACAGGUAUCAAAUGAGCCUGGCAAUCGCUAUAACCUACAGCUCAUCAAUGCACUGGUGCUCUAUGUCGGGACUCAGGCCAUUGCACACAUCCACAACAAGGGCAGCACACCCUCAAUGAGCACCAUCACCCACUCGGCUCACAUGGACAUAUUCCAGAACCUGGCUGUAGACUUGGACACUGAAGGUCGGUAUCUCUUCUUAAAUGCAAUUGCAAACCAGCUGCGGUACCCAAAUAGCCACACUCACUACUUCAGCUGCACCAUGCUGUACCUUUUUGCAGAGGCCAACACUGAAGCUAUCCAAGAACAGAUCACAAGGGUUCUCUUGGAACGGUUGAUUGUAAAUAGGCCACAUCCUUGGGGUCUACUUAUUACCUUCAUUGAGCUGAUUAAAAAUCCAGCAUUUAAGUUCUGGAACCAUGAAUUUGUACACUGUGCCCCAGAAAUUGAAAAGUUAUUCCAGUCCGUCGCACAGUGCUGCAUGGGACAGAAGCAGGCUCAGCAAGUAAUGGAAGGGACAGGUGCCAGUUAGACGGAACUGCAUUUCUGUUGUAAAUGUGUCAGCCUGGAUGUCCCACAGCACCAAGUCCAUAAACUGGCUGAGGAAUCCUUUCAGCUCUUCCUGACUUUCCCAGCCCUUUGGUUCUCAGGAACCUGCCCCCAUUAGUUUGGGCCAGCUUCCUGUCUAUGUGGGCACGUUCCAAAGUUUAAAUGCAUUUUUUUGACUCUUGGCCAAAAUUUAGAAAAUGCUGUGAAUAUCAUUUUGAACUUGUGUAAAUAUAUGAAAGAGAAAACCUU